AUGAUACUAAGCUUCUUUGAUCAAUUUAUAUCCCCCGUAUACCUGGGUAUUCCCCUUAUUGCACUUGCAAUUAUCUUACCAUGAGCAUUAUUCCCCACCCCCUCUAGUCGAUGAAUAAACAACCGACUGCUCACACUCCAAGGCUGAUUUAUUAACCGUUUUACCUCCCAACUCCUUCUUCCACUAAACCUCGGGGGCCACAAAUGAGCGACCCUGUUUGCAUCACUCAUAAUCUUUCUUUUAUCUAUUAACAUGCUUGGACUUCUCCCCUACACCUUUACACCCACAACCCAGCUCUCAUUAAAUAUGGGCCUCGCAGUCCCACUCUGACUCGCCACUGUCAUUAUCGGUAUACGAAACCAACCCACACAUGCAUUAGGCCAUCUAUUGCCAGAAGGCACCCCUACAGCCCUGAUCCCAGUUUUAAUUAUCAUUGAAACAAUUAGUCUGUUCAUUCGCCCUCUUGCCCUUGGUGUCCGACUCACAGCAAACCUGACGGCAGGUCACCUCCUAAUUCAACUUAUCGCUACAGCCGCCUUUGUUCUCCUCCCCAUCAUACCUAUAAUCGCGAUUUCAACAGCAACCCUCCUCUUCCUUCUUACACUCCUAGAGGUUGCAGUCGCAAUAAUUCAGGCCUAUGUAUUUGUCCUACUCUUAAGCCUCUACCUACAAGAAAACGUCUA